AUGAAUCCUAUCAACUCUCUAGCUUUUGAUCUUCAUAGCGUCAAGCUUGUAGGCUCGAAUUCAGAAAACGCUGCAUUAUCUAAUAGCAAUACUCCAACAUUGAACAAUACGGCUCCUUUACAAAGGCCCUCCACUGUCAUGGAUUCUAUUGGCAUUCAAAGAGUGCCUUCUCCAUUUUUGCCAGUGAAAAAUGUGAUUAAUGAAGGAAGUACUGUUCCCGUCAAUGUACGUGACGCUGAAAUCACCGGACCUACGCUACAAAUACCUGUCAAUCAGAAGAACAACAGUACAUUCAGUGCAACAUCAUCCAACCUGCAUAUGAGUGCUAGCAGCUCUUCUAUUAAAAAUAUGCCAUCUAAGGCGUUGCCUAAUAUGGGUUCCUAUAUUUACAAUCCAACGGGGCUCUUCUCCAAUGUUGGUAAUCAACCUCCACCUCCCGGGAUAGAGUCUCAGUGGAAGUAUAUUGACUCUAAUGGUAAUAUUCAGGGACCAUUUGGUACCAAUAAUAUGUCGCAAUGGUACCAAGGAGGGUAUUUUACUCCUACUUUGCAAAUUUGUAGAUUAGCGACAUCCCUUGACCCAUUUGGUGUUAAUGAUCGAUUCAUCACAUUAGGUGAAUUGACCACUCUCGUUAACAAUUAUCAAGACCCAUUUAGCGUCUUUGAUUUUAUUGUUAUCAAAGCCUUGAAUGGUGCUUCUCUCGUUACUCCCAUGCUGUUAGAAAAUCAAAAAGUUGAUUCAAAAAAGUUGAAGUCUACUGCUAAUGUGCAUAGUGAUGAUUUUACGUACGAAGAAAUACUCGGUCUUAAGUUUGCAGAUGGAAGCUAUUAUCAUGAAACUCAGGUUUGGGUUCCUGUUAAUGGUCGACAUGUCACAAAGGUAGAUCACAUACCGAACAAUUCUAGACGUCCUGCGUCCGCAGCCGCACCUAUCAGAUCUGAGCAAACAGUACCUCCUAAUGAAGGAAAAGCUUCUUCGCAUAAGAGAAGAACAACCCUGAAUGGACAUGACGCUCCUUUAGACACACACGGAACUUCUUCAAACCCAACAAGUGAAGAAGAACGUAUGGUAGAGGUUGCUACCGAGGAAGGUGAGGAAUUUCGGCGUGCAGAAGAAAAGCAUAAUUCACCUGAUCAAGUUCGACCAGAGGUUGAGGAAGUAGACGGUAAAGAUGUGCUCCCAAAUUCUGAGAAGUUAAAAAAUAACAGCACAUCACCGAUGACCUCCGAAGAACAGAAGCGGUUUGCAAAAGCAGAAUUGAUGGCCCAGAAGUUAUUGGAAGAACAGCAAAGACAAGAAGAAGAAAAAAAGAGAAGAGAAGAACAGCGUAUAUUAAAGAAAGAAAAGAAAUUGAAACAGAAACAGAAAAAAGAAGAAGAAAAACUAAAAAAAAAGAAGAAGGAAGAAGAAAAGUCAGAAAAGGAAAAACAACAGGAACUGUUAAAUAAUGCUCUAACUGGAAAUACUGACAUUUCAUCACCCGCUGAAAAUGCUGCUAGUUCCUUGGCUACUAAUUUAGCACCUUGGGCCAAUAAGCAAACCGAGGAUGCAGUUUUUAAUCAAAUUUCUUCCGCCUUUGAAGAUCUGAAAAAGGAAAUUCCUUCCAAGAGAGAAAAGAAGCCUAACCGUACUCAAUUGAAUCGCGAACAAGCACUAAAAUUACAAAAGGAAAUAUUAGGCUCAACGCAAGCUUCGAAAACUAAUCAUACUGGUUCAGCCUGGGGAGUAAAACCACAGCAACCGAUCAAGCUUGGUAUUAAAGAGGAAUUGAUGAAAGACUUGGACAAUACUAAAGGUCAGCCUACAAUCAACAAGAUUAAUCUGGGUAUGAAUGAUGAUGAUAAUUCAGAUUCUACUUUUAUUGAAGAACAAAAAAAGCUAUGGGAACAGGUUCAGAAAAAAACCAAAAAAUCUAACCGUGUCACGACACUCGAUGAUUUCAUUUCAAGGACACCCUCCCCAUCUUCUUCAACAUUAAACUCCUCAAAUACUACUAAUGCGUGGACUAUGGUGCCUCCUAAGAGCACCGGCAAUGCACUUUCCACCUCUUCUGCAGCUGUAAAUCAACCAAGACCACAUAUUACUCCUGAUAAACAGCGCUCUUCCGGGGGAAUACCCGCUACAACAAAAGGCAAACUGAAUGGCAAGAGUAAACAAAUUGGUUCAUCUACUAGUAUUCCAACUUUAAAGGCACGCCAAGUUAAACCGUCAAGGAUUUCUGCUUAUCCCGGUAAUUCUUCAGUUUCUAAACGUCAAGAAUUUUUGAAGUGGUGUCGCUCCCAAUUGAGAUUAAAUACUGGCGUUCAGUCCGACAAUGUUUUAGAAAUGUUACUUAGCUUACCUCCAGGUUCAGAAUCCAAAGAAAUUAUAGCUGACACUAUAUAUUCUUAUAGCUCAACAAUGGAUGGUAGAAGAUUCGCCACUGAUUUUGUCAAGAAGCGCUUAGAAUGUGAAGAACAAAUUAAUGACCCGUUAAGCUGGAGUGAAGUACUUGCCAUGCCUGAAGGCAGCUCUGAAGAUUGGGAAUUUCAAGUUGUUGGCAAAAAGAAAGGAAAACGAUUCUAA